UUUACCCAUAAAUUAAACAAGUAGACUUGAAGUAAGUUGUGGUGUUGGGCGAACGGGUUUUGAAGCACACAACAUUUGCCUAACAUCAAGACAACGCAACUCACAGUGCGUUGGUGUCUGAAAAGUUUAAAAUGAUUUCUCGAAGACUGUUUUCCACUACUUCAAAAUUACCACCAUGUAAUUUUGUUCCAAAAAAAUAUGACGGUCCAAGUUAUGAUAAACUGACAAAAAUACGAAGAAUCAAUUUGAAUCCAGCACUGACAACAAUUUAUAAGGAUCCACUCGCUGUACACCAAGGUCACAUGCAAUGGCUCUUCGACAUUAACGGCAAGAGAUACCUCGACUUGUUCGGUGGCAUCUGCACGGUGUCGGUAGGUCAUUGCCAUCCAAAAAUCAACGCUGCUGUGAAGGAUCAAAUGGAGGUGCUUAACCACGUAUCGAAUAUAUUCCUUCAUCCAAAAAUCCACGAGUAUGCCGAACGUCUUACUGCCAAAAUGCCCGGUGACCUUAAAGUUGCAUAUUUUGUAAACAGUGGUUCAGAAGCUAAUGAUCUCGCCAUUUUGAUGGCUCGAUUGUAUACGAAAAAUUUCGAAAUUCUUAGCUUGAGAAACUGCUAUCACGGCAUGACUUGCGCCACGAUGGGAUUAACAGCAACCGGAAAGUAUAAAUAUAAUUAUCCGAAUGUUUCCGGUAUACAUCAUGUAAUGAAUCCGGAUGUAUAUAAAGGAAUAUGGGGUGGUAAAAAUUGCCGGGACAGUGUUGUUCAAACUACACGCCAAUGUAACUGCUCCGGAGAAUGUGACGCAAAGCAUAAAUACAUUGACCAGCUAAAGGAACAUUUUGAGUAUACGAUUCCGAAAUCAAAAGGUUUAGCAGCGUUUUUUGCUGAGAGUAUUCAAGGUGUUGGUGGAAGUGUACAAUUCCCAAAAGGUUAUAUCAAAGAAGCUGCUCAACUUGUAAGAGAAAAUGGUGGAUUAAUGAUAUCUGACGAGGUACAAACUGGUUUUGGAAGAACUGGUGACCAUUUCUGGGGUUUUGAGGGACAUGAAAUCGUUCCCGAUAUUGUUACAAUGGCGAAGGGAAUUGGAAAUGGUUAUCCUUUAGCUGCAGUGGUUACAACACCUAAAAUAGCAGAAGCUUUAAAUGCUGCUUCUCAUUUUAAUACUUUUGGUGGUAAUCCAAUUGCGUCAACAGUAGGAAUAACAGUACUAGACAUUAUUGAAGAAGAAAAACUCCAGCAAAAUAGCAAGGCAAUAGGUACAAACUUUUUGAAGCAAUUAUCACAGUUACGUGAAGAAUACCCAAAAACAAUUGGUGACGUAAGAGGUAAAGGUCUUAUGAUUGGUGUAGAGUUGGUUAAAAAUGGUACCACCGAACCGUUGCUGGAUAAACAGAUUUAUGAUGUUCUUAAAGACAAAGGAGUGAUUAUGGGUCAAGGAGGAGCAUAUGGCAAUGUUAUGCGAAUCAAGCCCCCCAUGUGCAUCACACAACAAGACGUGGAUUUCACAAUGAGCACUCUUCGUGAAGCAUUCACACAACUUAAAUAUAAAUAAAUGUAUCACAUUUCAUUUACUGUAACAACAAAUACAAUAAUAACUUAUCCACAUUGA